AUUAACACUGUCACCGAUAAGUGGACAGUAUAUUGUUAGUAUUACAAAACAUUUGAUAACAUUUGAAAGUUUUUUUUUUUGUUUUAUCUUGUAUACAACCCUCAUUUUUAUGUAAAAAUAGUCUGAAAUUUUUUAAUUCACACAACAAGUGUUUCGUUAAAGUAUAACUUACAGUGCCAUAGUAAUUAUCAAUCUAAACAUUAACUAUUUAAAACAAUUGUGUUUGUUAUUUUAUUUUAUUAAAUGAUAAUUAAUCUCUUGAAUUUAUAAUAUCUAAUGAAUAUAUAAAAUGACGUCAUCUAGCCUUGUGAGUGUGUAGACAACAUUUUUGGUUUCCCACGGGUUCUCAGUCUUUACUGUGAUUAAACAAAUAAAAUUUAUUUAUAAAUAAUUUCGAAUGAUAACCUGACUACUUGUGUUUUGAAUAUCCCGGUAAAUUUGCCAACCGGAAGUUGCAUAUUUUUCUAAUUUUGAUAAUUGCGCCAAAAAACUUGAAAAUAGUUUUUAUUUAAUUUUUUUAUAAAUAAAAAUUUUAAUAAGUAAAUGAUGGAGAAUAACUUUGAGAAAAUGAAACUCAACGGAGAAGAAGUGAAAGAAGAUGAAGGUCAAAUCAUGAUGAAGAUUAAAGCAUGCUUGCCUUGUGGAAUGCACCUACUAAAAACUCAGGUUGCUGGACAUCGAAUGGACUUGAAAAAAAAGACCUUUGGUAUUAUUUGUGAGUCUGAAGAAAUUAUAUUAAAAUCAGGAGAUAAAAAACACUUGAGAGAUCGUGAAAUUGAUUUUUAUGAAAAAGUUAAAAAUUCAGAUGAUCCUGUUUAUAAAUCAUUGUCAAAACUUAUACCUAAAUAUUGUGGAAUAAGAGAACUAUGUUUAUUUAAUGAAACUGUUCAAUUUUUGGCCUUGGGUAACACGACAUCAGGCAUGUCAGAACCUUGUGUUAUAGAUAUAAAAAUUGGUAAACGUACAUGGGAUCCACUUGCUGGAGCAAAUAAACGUGCAUCAGAAGAUAAAAAAUAUGCUGAAUCAAAAAGUGCAUAUGGUUUUUCUAUAACUGGUUUUCGAAUGAUUGAUGUUAUGACUAAAUGUCUCAAGGUAUUCGACAAGAAUGAUGGAAAAAAUUUAAACUCUGAAACUGUUGUUGAAGCAUUAAAAACAUUUUUAAACAUAGCACCAGAUCGUCCACCAUGUAGAAAUUUAUUGAUAAUGUUACUGACAUCACUCUGGAAAAUUCUUGCAUUUUUUAGAACACAAAAAUUACUAAGAUUUUACUCGAGUUCAGUAUUAAUUGUUUAUGAUGCAAGUAGACUUCGACAUGCACUUCGUACUAAUCAUCAAAAUGAAAUUGAAAAAAGAUAUGAUUAUUCAAACAUACCAACAAAUUAUCCAUCAUGGUCCAGCUCUGCAAACAUGAAAGUUGAUAAAAAACAAUUAAAAAAAAGUUCAAGCUCUCAUAAUUUUAAUGCACAUGAAAAAGAUAACAGAAUAUUGACAAAUAAAUCAAAAUGCCUGGAAAUGAAUGGACAUGAUAAAAAAGUUAUACACACACUUUGUCGUACUCAUUCGGUUGAAAAUAAUUAUGAUUCUGAAAUGAUUAAAAUGAAACAGGAUUAUACAUAUGUCCUGAGUGAAUUGAUGAAACCAUCUAAACCAUAUCCAGACUGGGUCAGAGUAACUAUGAUUGAUUUUGCUCAUGUUUAUCCGGCAGAAGACAAUUCUGUAGAUAAAAAUUAUCUAGAUGGUAUUGAAAAUUUAAUAAAAAUACUUGAAACAUUUUUGGAUAAUUGUCAAAAUUAAUAAGGAUUAUAUUAAAAAUGAACUGAUUAUAAUUUUAUUAUUGAAUAAACAUUUUUAUUGCUAGAAA